GUGUCACAACGCGUGGGAAGCACUUCGGGAUAGCGGCGCAGCAGGCAAUCAAGAGCUGCGGAUCUCCUGGCCUGGUGAAAUUGCGAUCGCAAACGUGGGCAUAGAUCCGCGCGCUGGCCGUGCGUGGCCAACGUCGAUGACCCCUCUAGACGCUGUCGCUGGUGCGGACGUCGUCUUGUUAUUUUCGCCAUAUUCACCUGGUCCUUGACCACAGCAAUACCAACGACGACAGCAAAAAGAGUGGUGGUUCCUGGAGGCCCACCGGAGUCACAUUGGCACACGCAACCACGCUAGCCUCCUGCCUCCAUCCCACAAGAUCGAGCGGCAGACCCUGACGACGACCUGCAUGACCUGUGCAUCUCUUGUCUCGUAUCUGCCGCGCUGCACACGCCCCCGACUCUGCUCUCGAACGACUACUCCUGCUGUCCGCGACCCUCGACCAGCCAUUGCAACCAGUUUCCCAUAUCCAGCAUCUCCCCGCGACCACGGCCCCCACAUUGCGCCGCCCACGUUGUGAGGCUCGAGAGCCUCCCCAGCCCGCCGGCUGACCACGAUGGGCAACAUCUCCAGCAGCCCGUACGAUGGCGCCUCGAUCUGUCUGAGCGAUCAGACGCGCUUCUCAGUCGCCAGCGUCCACGUCACCAACUCGCGCGGCCAGACAUUGUUUCGAGCAUCUCCCAAUGCAUUUCCAGCGACGCGAUUCAGCGCGCAUAAAGACGUCGGCGAUGACACUCCGGUGGACUAUGUUCAGGACCCGGAAAGUCUUUUGAACGGCAUGCCACCUUCAUUCCUGUUGCGGUUAUCGAACGGCGACGAUCUCAACUUCCAUUUCACAUUCAUCAUCCGACAGCAGGCGAAGUCUGGCGCAGUGGGAACGGCGAAUUCAAACAGCACAUCACCGACAGCAACGGCAUUCGAUACUUCAAUAUCAGGUCUGACAUAUGUUUUUGCAUCAACGCCCAAAGAGGUCGAGCACUUGGUAGUGCGAGAGUUCCACACAGAUCCAAAUCUGCACAAGAACCCCAAUGUGCAGCUCGUGGGGGAUUAUUCGACGGGAGGUAGCCCGAGCGCACAGUUUAGCUGGUCAUGGAAAUGGCGGCCCCCGAAGCCGUCGGAAGAUCGAGGGGGAGGAUGGAGGAAUAGUUGCAGUUUUGUUGAGUACAAUCAGAGGUCGCACAAGCUGGAAACACUCGCAAGCUUCAGCUUCUGGGUUCAAAAUACUCAGCGAUUCUUCAGUGCCGCUCCACGGUCGCCGAUGCUCGAUCCCAAUCAGAUCACUAUGCCGACCAGACUGCGAGUACCUUCCACACAAUCGAUCGAGUCGAGAGUCAGCAACGUGAGCGAUUCUGAAGGAGAAGGCAGCUAUCAGGACUUCAAAGACAAGGAUAUGCCCCAAUCGCCAACCUUCGAACCUAUUCCGGAAGAUGGUCUGAGCCAGAUUCCGACUAUGAGCACGCAGUCAAUGGCAGGACCAGUGAAGGUGGAUCUGGCGACAUGCAAGCCUGGGGAGGAUCCAUCGCUUAAUGAGGAUGGACCACUUUUCCGAGCCACAAUGCGUUCGCUGGAGCAGAAGACGAGCAGCAUGAGGCAGCGAAUGAAGAAAGUGUUGAAGACGGCCGAGGCGGCGGAAUCUGCCCAACAAGCAUGCAACCAAGCCGUUGCGGACUUCAUGAACGCACUACGAGAUGCCGCGACAUCGAAUGCGAACGCCGUCCAACCCGCGCUCGAUCACUAUUUCGAGAAGAUCGCGAAAGAGAUAUUACAUUACGAGAAGCAGAACACAGUCAAUCUACAGAAGCUCAUCAUUGAACCGAUUAGCAAGCUCUACAAUUUUGAGAUCAAACAAGCAGACAACAAGAAAAGGGAGUUCGACGAGGAGAGCAAGGAAUACUAUGCUUUUGUGGGCAAGUAUCUUGGCCAAAGAACUGAGUCGCUCAAAGAAAAGAAGGUCGUACGAAGUGACGAGAAGUAUCAAGCCAAGCGGAGGACUUUCGAGCUCAAGCGAUUCGAUUAUUCGAGCUUCAUGCACGAUCUCCAUGGCGGGCGCAAAGAUCAAGAAGUGUUGUCGCAUUUAACAAAGUAUGCUGAUGCACAGGCAAAAAGCUACCUCGCGACUGCGAAGAAAGUGGAAGACAUGAUUCCGCAGCUGGAUGCCCUCGUUGCGGAGGUCCGACUGGCCGAUCAGGAUUUCAAGCUGCUGCGCCAGGAACGAGAAGAGAAACGUCGCGCUUUGGAGACAAGCACGAAACUUACAAACGAAGACGGCAACAUUGCUCCGGCUGGUGGUCUCUCGCACUCGACGUCAGUCAGAGAACAAGCUCGAGGCGAGGGCGUGCCUAUGAGGACAACCAGCUUGAGUGGCGGCGCGGCGCUUUCGCAGUCUCCUCCCUCUGCAAGCCAUAUGAAUGGGCAAACCAUCGCGAAUGGCAUGCUCAACACACCCACCAGCUCAGUUGCCGCCAAUUCCACAAGUCCCGCGAGCAAGUUCAAGGGUAUUCGUGAUCUGGAAGACAAUUCGAGCACAACCCUCAAUAAUGGCGCAACUAUGCGAAAAGAAGGACUCUUGUGGGCCUUGAGCAGACCCGGCAGCCACGUUGAUCCGAAGGGCAUCACCAAACCUGGUUGGCACAAAUUCUGGAUCGUGCUAGACCAAGGCAAGCUUUCGGAGUACGUGAACUGGAAGGACAAGCUUGAUCUGCACAUGGACCCGAUUGAUCUCAGGAUGGCAUCUGUUCGCGAAGCACGGAAUGCUGAUCGUCGAUUCUGCUUCGAGGUUAUCACGCCGCAGUUCACGCGCGUAUAUCAGGCCCCAUCUGAGGACGAUCUACGCGCCUGGAUCGGCGCCAUCAACAACGCCUUGCAGAGCGCGUUCGAGAAUAAGACCCAGCCGCUCCCAGCAACGCCCUCGCCCGCCAACUCGCAUCGCAAAGACAUUGCUGCAGUCUUGACGGGAAAGAGCUCUUCCUUCUCAGGGCACAGGCAGACAUCGAAUCCUAACAGGAUCUCUGCUUCAGGCGCUGUGAGCAGACAUGCGACGACGGGCGACAAGCCUGCAUACAAGCGGAUGGAAAGUGAACCUGAGCCUUCCGCACUUCUUCAACGCAUCAAAAACGCCGACGAGGGCAACAAAGUCUGUGCUGAUUGUGGAUCCGACGCGAAGGUUGAUUGGUGUUCUAUCAACCUUGGUGUGCUACUUUGCAUCGAGUGUAGUGGUAUCCAUCGUUCAUUAGGCACACACAUCUCCAAGGUUCGGGGAUUGACUCUCGAUACCUCGUUCGCGACACAAGAUAUUGUCGAGGCCCUACUCCUGAUCGGUAAUCGCGUUAGUAACAUGAUCUGGGAGGCUAAGCUCGACCGCUUCCUCAAGCCUUCGCCACAUUCGACGAGAGAUCAAAGGCUGCAUUUCAUCACCGCAAAAUACAGCGACCGCACAUAUGUACAGCAACCAGCGGCGCCGAAUACGCCUGAUGACCUCCUUUUGACGAGCAUUAAGAAGAAUGACAUUCAGGGCGUCCUCCACGCACUCGCGCUGCGAGCCAAUCCGAAUGCCCACGAUCGCGUACGAGCGACGCAUGCCGUAUAUCUGGCAUUGGCAGCCGCCGAUCCAGCUGCACCCGCCAGUGCAGCAGCUUCAAGCAUCAGGCACGCUUCUGGCUCCUCGCUCUCGGGUGCCCCACGACCAUCAAGUCCGCUCCCACGAAAGCCAUUUCCCGUGGCGGAACUCUUGCUACAGAACGGCGCCGACAUCCCAACAGAGCCUUCGCCAUUCCCACUCUCCGACCAUGCGAGAAUGUAUCUUGAGCUCAAGCGAGAGCAAAGAUUAGGCAAGACCGAGACCAGCGCCGGCAUGGAAGCCAAUGGCGAUAACCUGGCUCCAUUACCGAACUCCGGCAUGGGCUCAUCCCCUGGCAGCCUCUCCCGCGAUCGAGAAAAACUUCUACACCGCAACAGCAGCGGUCGACCCAAGAGCCGAGCAUCAGACGCCAUCGAAGGCUUUGUGAAGAAGUAGCAUUUCAUUACUCCCGCUGGCCUCGAGUCACAUUGUUUCGAUACAACGCUGAUGGCUGCUAGUAGAAGCAGCAGUACUCUAAAACUCAGCGGCUCACCUGAACGUGCUAUACGUCGCGCUAAAUCGCUGAAGGCGAGAGUGAGCGCUCAUUAUAUGGGCUUGGACGGCGCGACGGAAAUCCUCGCUGGACGAGGAAAGACUUCUGCGCCUGUUAGCCCUUUUAAGCUCAUGACGAGGACGCCGAUUAUGAUGGGUAUUAGGGAGAGGAUUUCGAAUUUGAGGAGGAGAGCGCAGUCUGAUCCGGCGAGGCUGGAGUCUGGUCAUGAUGUGGUCGCGGAACGAAAGCUGAGUCUCAUGUGAGAUGAUGAUGGAGCUCAUGAGGACAUAUGAGACGUCGACGAAGUGGAGAGGUCUGAGCCGCGGAUAGUUUUGCGAGCCAGUGGCUGUUGUGUUUUUGGCGAGAUACCCAACGGGAGAGGAAGAGAGAGAGUCUUGUCUCACUGUGUUUUACUUCUUCUGUUUUUUGCAUUUCUCUCAGAGGAGGACGAGCAGCAAUGGGAUGGGUGCAUGAUAAUGCAUAAUGGAUAAUGAAGAUGCACGGGAUUAACACUGUAGUGAAU